AUGCUUGCUGAGCAGUGGAAAAAGACUCAUAAAGAGGUGGUAGAAGAGAUCCGAGCAGCGAUUACUUACAAUUUUGCCGAGCAAAUCAUUUCGCCAGGGAUCAAUCUCCUCUUAGGCUCGCGAUCACAAGAUGUUUGGGAGAAGCGCUUCUCUCGCAAAAAGGUUGAAGUUUUGCAUAGACUUCUGAAGCAAACCGAGGAAGGCCGAAUUGUGCUGAGCCGCGCCAAAGACUUGGAUGACGCCGUAAUCACUAUCAAGUGUAUUCUUAGCAUUCACAUCGGAUACAAAUGGCGUUGCGCAAAGUAUGCAUCGCUAAAUACUCAGGAGAGUAGCGAGACGCUUUUCAAAAAGCUGCAGGGCCAACUGUCAACGCGAACGACAGACAUGCGACAGUUGGAGAGCACCUUGUAUUCUACAUUGGACAAGUCGACGCCCAAAAGCGGACAGAUUACAGAAACCUCAGAAGAGAGUUUAGACUCCUUCAUUCAUGCAGCUAUUCCGACACCUAAUAGCAGUGUAUUUACGGAGAAAAGAAAGGGAUCGGUGUCGUUAGGCCACGACCAUCCUUCCAAGAAACCUCGAUGUUCGCUCGAUAGAGUUGAUAAAUCACUCAGUUUCCUCUCCCAAAAUCCUCCAGAAGAUCACCAAAUGCUUGAUUCAGCAGAAGAGGAUACUGUCCAAUCGGGUUUGGAGAACACAGAGGAGAUGGACAGAGAAGAAGACCGGAUGGAACUUCAGACGCAGCCGGCCUCUGAAACCCAGGAUCCUGGGGAUUCUUUGAGCUACCAAUAUGGUGAACAAUGGGGAAUCACCGAGGACGUCAGCACUUUGGACGAUAUUCUCAGCCUUAGUUGGUGA